AUGGCUGCUCCUGUUGCCGGAAAUGCGCCAAUUUACACUGCAUCACCUUCAUCAUCAAAUUCAAUCAACAAAAACUUUACAACAGCCAAUGCCAGUGCAGCCAUAUUUGCUGGUGGACUUGCCGUAUUACUGGAAGCUAAUCCUAGUUUAACUUUAUCUGAUCUUUUUUAUGUAACUGCAUUUUCAGCGGAUAAAGUAUAUCCAAACUUAAUGAAUUGGGAUGUAAACGCCAUAAAUCUCAAUUACCAUAGAAGAUUGGGUUUCGGAAGAUUAAAUCUCGGUCGAGCCGUUGAUAUUGCAUUAAAUUGGACUUCAACCGGAGAUUUUUAUGAAUAUAAGAUUGAGAAGACCCUCAAUUUAAUUAUGCCAGACAAAGAAUACAAUGUCACUUUUGAUUUUACUGAAGAAGAAGCUAAAUCAGUUUUAUGUGUUAGUUUAUUCUUCAAAUCGAAGAAGCUUUCAUUUGGAUCAUUGAAUCCACAUAUCAUUAGUCCCAAAGGAACAAGGUGCGAAGUGAAACUUAUAACAGAAGCCGACACAACAUCGAAAAUAAGAUCUGUUGAAUUAUUGAGUUAUAAAUUUUUAGGAGAAAAUCCGAAAGGAAAAUGGACUGUUUCUUUUAGAAUAGCGGAUGAUGCUUACCAUGGAACAAUAGAGAAUAUAUGA